AUGCAGCUCCACUCUGCGAUCUACUCGUCAGUACUGACAACCCUCGUCCGAUUCGCCUUCGCAAACUUCGACGUCUACACCGACCAUUACAGGGACUGGAGCGCCAGCGCCCCGCCGAAACUCGGCUUCCGCGUCUUCGGCCGCACGCCCGAUGACGCCUGCAAGUACGUGAACGACAAAAGCACCGUGUUCUGGCCCGCGCGCGCCGACGCCUCGGGCGACAAAUUUGGCAUCCGCUGCGAGGGUGCUGGCUGCCAGUACGAGUCGGCCAACCCCUCCGCAAUCACCGCUUUCGAGAUGCAUUUCGCCAACACGCCCGCCUACCACUGGACGCUCUACGCUGAUAACCACGGCUUCAAACCCCCCAAGUCCUUCCCCAACGGCUUCUGGAUGCUAACCGCGGAACUCAACACCCGGGCGCCAGGCUACUGCUUCCCGUACCCCGGCGACCAGUAUGAUUGUGAGAGCAUGCAACCGGCAGGGCCGAGCGGGACGGAGUUUGUGGUGGGGAGUAGGGGGCGGAGGUUGUUUCGGUGUGUGACGUAUAACGGGGAUGUGAAGAGUGAUGCCAUUAAUGGACUGAAGCUGCAGGAUGUGGAUAUGUAUUAUCCGUAUCCGGAUGAUAAGAUGAAGAGUGCGAGUGAGGGUGGGGUGCAGCUGGAUGAGAGUCAGGGGAUGAUCGGGCAGUAGAAGAUGGUUGGGAGGAUGGGUAUGCGUUGCUUGCGUAGGGUUUCGUGCCUUUUUCUGCAUGUGGUUCGUUGGAAGAUGGUGGGUUAU